AUGUAUCCCAGCGGAUGGUUGGAUAGCUCUUUGGCGGGCUUCAGGUACAGGCUCAAGGUGGUGCCGGUAUGCCGGACGUGCUUGUCGGUGUACAAAAUCAUUCAUGAUGCCAUCACCAUGAUCCGGGUGCGGCGCAAGGCGGGCCACAGGAAGCCGCCGAAGGAUGAGAGCGAGAACGAGAGUGUGUGCUGCUAUCAGGAUCUCUGGGCUGAGCGGGAGUUGCGGCGAAAGCACCAGGAGGAGGAGGAAGAGAGGCUCGGAGAAGCGAGAAGCGUGAGAAGCAGGGAUGUUUUGGGGUGA